AUGGCGUUUCAGUGGUUACCUGAAGAUGAUUAUCUUCUCAGAAAAUCACUCGAGGAUGGAACUUCUCUAGAGACGUUAGCUAAAGGAGCGGUGAGAUUCUCUCGAAAAUUUACACUUUCAGAACUAACAGAGCGAUGGCAUUGUCUUCUUUACAAUCCCAAGGUUACAUCUCUGUCUUCAUCAGUCGGAUUUGAGCUCCAAUACGGAGCUCAAUUCGUUCCACAAAGUCUCUUUGAUUCAGUACCAGUCAGAACUCAUUACUACACUACACGAAAAAGGCGGCGUUUGGAGUUAGAGGAGUCUCUUAAGGUCAAUAACAAUGCCAUUGAUGAACAUCUUAAUGUGGAGGAAGGGAAUUUGUUUGGAGAAUGUGAUGAUGAUUUUGGUUUCAAGUUUGAGGACAUUGAAAGUUUUCGCAACACUUUCCCAGACAUUUUGCUUUCCCCUCAUGAUUAUCAGACAACUAUCUUUGGUAAUGAGAUUGAUGAUGAGGAUGAUCGAAUGGUGAAUCAGAUGUUAAACAUCAACGAUGACCAGAUUCAUGACUCUUAUGUUACAGACACAAUAACAACAACAACAGAACAUGUUCUGCUUCAAGAAGUGUUUCAAGAUCCUCUGUUUCAACAACCUAACGCAUCCUUGAAUGAGCCAGCAUCACCGUCACAGCAGCAAGUAAUCCUUGAUCAAGCAGAGAUUUGGAUUCCUCCACCGCCUUAUGAUCCACAUCCAGAAAUCGUUAACGGUGUUAUCAAUUGUGUUAUAAACCGUGAGUCCGAUGAGAUUCCAGAUAAUGAUGAUAUCAACCUGCAACUGUACAAUCCUAAAGCUCGAAACUCGGUUAAUCCUUCAUCAGUGAGGAAUAAUAUGAAGCCACCUCUGCCUCCAGUUAGAAGAUCAUCCUUACAAGUCAAGAGCAAAGACAUUAUCGACAGUUCUGGUUUUGGAGAUUGUGCUGUCACAACCCGAGCAAGUUCUUCUUCUGCAUUCAGUGAUAGCUUUACUGAGAAAGCGACAUCUACUGUUGCUGCAACAACUUCAUCAACUCUACAACACUUUCCAGAGAAUGAAAUUUGUGAACAGACAUUGAGUGCAGAGAUGGAUAUAAACGUACCAGAGGAGAAUAAUAUUGAAAUUGAGAGUGAUGAAGAGUUGCCUUCCUUUUCAGAUCUAGAAGCUAUGAUUCUUGACAUGGACCUUGAACCGAUUGGUCAAGACCAGUACGAGUUGGACGCUUCAAAAUAUCGAAACGAGGAAAUGGCGCGAAAGAUAAUGAGAUUAGAGCAGAGUGCUGAAUCUUACAUGAACCGUGACAUCGCUGCUCAUGGAGCUUUCGCUCUUCUAUAUGGAAGCUCUAAGCAUUACAUCAAUAAACCAGAGGUGUUACUUGGAAGAGCAACAGGUGAAUAUCCGGUGGAUAUCGACUUAGGAAGGUCAGGGUCUGAAACAAGAUUCUCUCGACGACAGGCUCUAAUAAAGUUGAAGCAAGAUGGGAGUUUUGAAAUCAAGAAUCUUGGGAAGUUUUCGAUAUGGAUGAACGAUGAGGAAAUUAAUCAUGGAGAAGUUGUCAUUCUCAAGAACAAUUGCUUAAUCCAGAUACGAGAAAAGUCGUUCAUAUUCGAGAAGAAUGAGAAAGCAGUCAAAAGAUAUUUAGAUGGAAUUCACAAAUGA